AUGGCUCCUCUGCACGAGAUACCUGCUGAAGCCCUCAACAACCUCUCGGAGAAAACCCGGACGGCCAUCGAGCGAUUGAGGAGGCACCAGCCGGAGGAGGUUGGAUAUCCCUCGAACAAGCUGGCAGCAGUGCUAGUCCUCCUAUAUGAGAAGGCCGGGGAACUCCGCGUGCUCCUCACCACGCGCGACAAGUCGCUCCGAGCCCACCCCGGACAGGUCGCGCUCCCCGGAGGAAAGGUGGACGCCACGGACGCGGACCUGCUUGAGACAGCCUAUCGCGAAGCGCAUGAAGAAGUGGGCCUCCCCCGCCACUAUCCGCAUGUCUACACGGUCUGCACUCUGCGACCUUACAUCGCCUCUAGCAAGCUGCUCGUCACUCCACUAGUCGCGCUUCUCACAGACCUGUCGAUCCUGAACAAAUUGGUGCCCUCUCCCGGAGAGGUGGACAGGAUCUUUGACCAUCCGCUGGAAGCUAUCCUGGACCCGAGCCUUGCAGCGAAGGAGGACCUCGCUCCUAAGGGUAGCGAGGACUGGCCGUAUGAGGACGACUUCCACUGUACGUCUGACGUUGAGCUGCCCUGGCUAGGCAACAGUACCUACCGCAUGCACCGCUUCCGGUCCAGGGCCUAUGCCAUCAAAGGACUAACCUCCGAUAUCCUUAUCGCAGUGGCGGAGAUCGCGUACAAUAGGCCACCCGCGUAUGACCGACAUGCUCCGAACCAGCUGAGGACGUUCGCGCCCAUUCUGCGGAUAUUACUGGAGCAGGUCGCUGUGCAAGAUGUUGUGUCUGGGACGUCCACUCCGACGCCAAAGGUCGAGGUGGGGGUUCCUUCUGGGCUGGCGCAGGCGGUUGUCAAUGCGACAAAGUAG